AUGCCAGAGACGAGCAAGAGUCCGGAGGCGGAGAAAGAUCAGAAGUGGGCCGCCUUCGGAAACGAGGCGGAACCAGCAGCUGCCCAGGUUGAAUGGGAUGCUUUUGGCAAUCAACCUGCUCCGAAGGACAGUUGGAGUGCUUUCGGCUCUGAGGUGCAGGUACAAAUCUCAAAGCCAGAGGAGGAGGCUGACUGGGCAGCGUUUGAGAGUGCUUCGGGACCUACAGCUACUGCACCAACCACUGCCUCCACGACAGCGCCGACAGGAGACCUGUGGAGCAAAAUGUCCGCCUUUGAUGACCUUCUGAAGGAGGAUGACGCCUUGGGAGGUUCUGCUGGAGCAGUGGAGCUUGGCCAAGCCUUGACGAGCUCGGUCGUGGAUCCAGAGACAGAGCGGCCGACAGAGACUGCGGAGCCCAACGUGCCGAUAGCGUCAGAAGGUGAUGAUGACAGCGAGUUCGGAGACUUCGCUGCAGGGCCAAGCUCUUCACCAGAGGCAGAGGCCUAG